UUCCUGACUUUCGAGUGUCCCCAUCGUCAUGAACCUUGGCAAUUUCGUUUGGCGCCGACCAAUGACAGUGCUUCCAUUUCUAGCCCUCCAAUUAACUAUCCAACAUCAAAUUCUUCUCUCUAGGGACGCAGGACCCACAUGCAGGUUCCUUAACUAUAGCUUUUUAUACGGCGAUCAGCGUCUUCGAAGCUUCAACCCUUGCUAUGCAUUAGUUAUGUCUCUUAUUCGCAUCCAGCUUUGGACAGAAUUCUGUGAGCCACCCGUAUAAUAAUACAAGGCACAGUGAGAACCCUCGGAUCCAUAGAAAUCGUUAUGAGACAGUUACAUAGUCACAUACAGAACGGCACCUCACCAAGAUCUCU